AUGACGAACCCAUACCAACAUGGGUCGGGCUUCCUGCCGGACUCAUCCUCACCCACGGGAGCACCCGGGGCCCGCCAGCGCCGCUCAUCCUACGCGUCCAUAGUUUCAGGCCCCUCCACCCUGCCGCGUCCACCCCGUGCCGGGGCAGUCUCACACCUCCUCAACCCGCCGCCCGACGGCGCAGACAUGCAGGCCAGCGGCCUCUACGCGGCGGCAAGGAGUUAUGGGCUGGAUACGGCAAGGAACGGUAUCGCUGGCGACGAAGCACCGGGGAUGUCAUGGCCGCCAAGGCCAUCCGGGCUCCCUUGGUUCUCACGGGCGUUCGAGAUGUACAUGAGCAGGGAUCCGCUGAUAAGCGACGACUACACCCAGACGGCCAACAACGGUAUCAGCACAGGCUUCCUCUCGCCGUCGUAUUUAAAGGGCUCGGUAUACCUGCAGAAGCUGGAGGAGUCACACAAGACCAGGGUCCUGACCCAGAGGGAAGGGCAUCUGACACAACCCCAUGCCCCUGGAGGAGGUCUGCCGAGCAACGGGAGCAGCGCCAAUCUGCAGGGAAGCAAGCUGUCACCGGCGUCACAUCGCGGCAUCACCUUCGACGUGGUCGAGAAGCCCCCGGCCUUUGAGCAGGACGAGACCGUCAGCCCGCUACCGUCGCGGUGGAACAAGGAAGACAAGCACUCGGGCAUCGAGGUCAUAGGAGACGGAUGCGAGGUGGAAUACAGAGGGAACCGGAGCUCCAGCGAGAGGGACCACGAGGCGUAUGCUAUACGAGCGGACCACUACAUGCCGCCGCAGUGCGGCGUGUAUUAUUUUGAGAUCGUAGUUCUCAACCGGCGACCAGAAGACACGACUAUUGUAAUAGGUUUCGCCAGCAAGUCGGUGUCUCUGUCAAGGGCGCCUGGCUGGGAACCGGAAUCUUGGGGCUAUCAUGGCGACGACGGUCUGUAUUACGCGUCACAGAACGUCGGAAAGGCUUACGGUCCCAAGUUCGGCCAGGGGGACACAGUGGGCUGUCUGGUGAACUUCAGAACAGGCACUGCAAAGUUCACCAAGAAUGGCCAAGAGCUACCAGAUAUCUCCUUCCGUGAUGCAAACUUUCGAGAUGCAAAGGGAAGGCUCUUUCCCAUUAUAGGGUUGAAAAAGCCGGGCGAUCAUGUCAUGGCCAAUUUUGGCCAACUGCCUUUCCAAUUCAACAUCGAUGAAUACAUGGAGAAGCAGAAACUAGCCAUCCUGGACCAGAUCACCAAGGCAGACACGUCGAGACUUGCACCACCCUUGAACGAAACAGCGCUUAUCCAGCAACUUGUCCUUCAGUUUCUCCAGCAUGAUGGCUAUGUUGAGACGGCCCGCGCGUUUGCUGAAGAAAUCCACACCGAGGAAGGUGCUCUUAGCCUGGACUCGAAUGUAGAGGUCGAGGGGAUCAACAUCAAGGAUGACGAGGAUGCAAACAGGAGACAACAAAUCCGCCGGGCUGUUCUGGAGGGUAAAAUUGACCAGGCUCUCAAGUGCACCAGCACCUUUUAUCCGCAGGUGUUAAAGGACCACGAGCAAGUCUACUUCCGGCUGCGCUGCCGCAAGUUUAUCGAGAUGAUCCGAAAGGAUGCCUUGGAGAACAUCAGGCUCGAAGGCAACCCCGAGAUGGAGCGCAAGGGAUUCACCACCCGGCAAGGGCAUUACCACGGCGAAGAUGCAGAAAUGAAGGAGGCAGACGAAGCCGGGGAGUGGGACGAGUAUAUGGACACGGAGGAUGGCGACAGGGGUCCGAGCCCGGUCGUGGGGAAACUGCUCGAGGAGGCCUUGGCGUACGGCCAGGAGUUGCGGGCCGAGUUCGACAGCGACCAGAACCGGGAGAUGGCCAAGCAGCUGGACCAGAUCUUCGCACUGAUCGCAUAUCCGAACCCCCUUAAGGUGAAGGAGGUCUCGCAUCUGCUCGAUCGGACUGGCCGGGUUGCCGUCGCGGAGGAAUUGAACUCUGCGAUUCUCCACUCCCUCGGCAAGUCUUCACGCGCAGCCCUCGAAACGCUCUACGCACAGACGGAAGUCCUGCUCGAGGACCUCCGAGAAGGCGGUGGCGAUGGGGCCUUCGUCACGUUGAAGGAAAUCAUUGACGGCAUCCCAAAGUCUCAGCUGCUACAGUGA